AUGGCGACUGGAUGGAAAACAGACAUACAUUCGAACGUGAAAUUCAAAGAUACGGGCGUUCAAGAUGAUUCUUCAGAGAGUGAAGUUGAAACAGAACCCGCGAAAGUGUUCCACCGGCGCAUUUCUACGAACAAAGAGAUUAAGACUGCCACUGGUGCAUGCAAGGUGGCAUCGACCAAAGAAGGCUACCUCAUGAAACAAACAAAUUUUCAGAGAUGGAAGAGACGAUAUUUCAAGUUGAAGGGGAGGCGACUCUACUAUGCAAAAGAUACCAAGUCUGUGAUCUUCGAUGAAAUAGAACUGACAGAUCUUAGUGUAGCAGAAUGCAGUACCAAAAACAUCAACCACAGCUUUCAGGUGAUAACACCCUUCAGGUCACUAGUGCUGUGUACAGAGAGCCGACGUGAAAUGGAAGACUGGAUCUCUGCACUGAAAACUGCCGCCAACAAGGAGUUCUACGAUGUCAGUGGCAAUGCCAGCCAACGAGAGAUGAUGUCUGGCCAGCACAACUGGUAUGCCUGUUCACAUGCUAGACCAACUUACUGUAAUGUUUGCCGUGAGGCACUGUCUGGAGUUACCUCCCAUGGGCUUUCAUGCGAAGUGUGUAAGUUCAAAGCUCAUAAGCGCUGUGCCGUGAAGGCUGCAGCCAACUGCAAGUGGGCAACCUUGGCAGCUAUUGGGAAGGACAUCAUUGAGGAUGAGGAUGGGAUUGCUAUGCCACAUCAAUGGUUAGAAGGAAACCUGCCUGUUAGUGCUAAAUGUAAUGUAUGUGAUAAAACAUGUGGAAGUGUGCUCAAGGUUCAAGACUGGCGAUGUCUUUGGUGUAAAGCCAUGGUUCAUACAGGCUGUAAGGAGUACUUCCAGUCCCAGUGUCCUUUAGGUCAAUGUAAAGUGUCUAUUCUACCUCCAAUUGCCAUCAAUAACAUAGAUUCUGAUGGUUACUGGGAGGCAACACGUCCUGCGGGAACUUCACCUCUCCUCGUCUUUGUCAACACGAAAUCAGGCGACAAUCAGGGAGUUAAAUUUUUACGACGGUUUAAGCAGCUAUUAAAUCCUGCUCAGGUGUUUGAUCUCAUGAAUGGAGGACCUCACCCAGGGUUAAGACUAUUCCAAAAAUUUGACCAGUUCCGAAUCUUGGUGUGUGGAGGUGAUGGAAGUGUGGGCUGGGUACUGUCUGAGAUAGAUAAAUUAGAUCUACAUAGACAGUGUCAAGUUGGGGUGCUACCGUUUGGUACAGGAAAUGACUUAGCACGUGUCCUCGGGUGGGGAGCAACAUUUGAAGCAGAUACACAACUGACUGUGAUAUUGGAAAAACUGGAACAUUCUCAAAUUAAGAUGCUGGAUAGGUGGAGUAUAUGGACCUACGAGGGUACAAUGCCUCCCCCUAGAAAACUGUCUCAACAGUUUGACCCUAUAUCAGUAUAUGAAGACUCUGUCGCCAAUCAUCUUUCCAAGAUUCUACAUUCCGAAGAUCAUUCUAUUGUUAUUUCUUCAGCAAAAGUGUUAUGUGAAACUGUUAAAGAUUUUGUUGCCAAAGUUGGAGAGUCCUAUGAGUGUAAUGUACUGAAUGAGAAAUUAGAUAGUCUGCUCGUCACUCUAAAAGAGGAAGCUCAAGCAUCCACUGCAACAUCUCAGGUACAGAGUCACCACGAGGAGUCAGAUCCAGUGAUGGUAACUCCGGAUAACGAUGUAGUUCCUGGAGAAAUUAGCGUGCCUCCUAAAACAAAAACUGCAAUUUUCAAACCCAGAGAUGCCUUGAUGUCCCGGGCAAAUAGCCUAAAAAAGGCAAUACGACAGAUAAUAGAACACACAGAGAGAGCUGUAGAUGAGCAAAAUGCACAGACAGAACAACAACUUGGUUUGAUCCAUGAGUCACGGUCAAUAGGUAGCACAGAACAUCUGAAUGUGGAGUCUGGGGGUCGAGGUUUGGUGACAGAUACCGAGACUUCACACUCAGCUCCAACAUUUUCCAUCUUUACCUCAGAGGUCGCCCCUGUCUCCCCUCUUCUCAAUCCUCGUAACCAUGAUGGUCAGAGAUCUCCAAAGAUUGAGGAGCCUACAACGUCCCGCAGAAUUAGCAGCAUGAGUAUGUUUAAUAGAACAUCAAGUCUUGGGUCUAAUUUAUCUGGCCAGACCCGUGAGAAAAGUCCCAACAAAGAGAGCAUUCCAGUCCCAUUGAUGGGCUUCCCCUUCUGUGAUUAUAGUGUACUCCCUAGUUUAAGUAGUAGUAUUGCUGGGAAGUUAGCAGGUGGCAGUUUCAUCAGUAAGGUACUGCUGGCCAAUGCUGAUGCCUUGUGUGCUGCAGCCUCCCCUCUUAUGGAGGAGGAUAUUCCUCCAGAAGAGUACAUGGAGAGGUGUGUCAUGAACAACUAUUUUGGUAUAGGCCUGGACGCCAAGAUUACACUUGACUUCCAAAACAAACGAGAAGUCCAUCCAGAGAAGUGCAGGAGUCGAACAAAAAACAUGAUGUGGUACGGAGUGUUAGGUGGUAAAGAAAUCCUGCAUCGGACAUUUAAGAACCUUGACCAGCGUGUCCAGUUAGAAUGUGAUGGUCAGCGGAUUCCACUUCCUUCAUUACAGGGCAUCGUCAUCCUCAACAUUCCAAGCUAUGGCGGAGGAUCCAAUUUCUGGGGAGGCACUAAAGAAGAUGAUACAUUCCAAGCCCCUAGUUUUGAUGAUAAGAUACUAGAAGUGGUAGCAGUGUUUGGUUCUGUACAGAUAGCUAUGUCUCGGGUUCUGGACAUCCAGCAACAUCGCAUAGCACAGUGUCGGAAGGUGAAGAUCACAAUCAUGGGGGACGAGGCAGUCCCAGUACAGGUGGAUGGGGAGGCAUGGAUGCAGCCGCCAGGCUACAUUCGUAUUGUUCAUAAAAAUCGUGCUCAGAUGUUGACAAGAGAUCGGGCCUUUGAGAGCAUCCUGAAGUCAUGGUCGGAAAAACAGAAGACGGAAAGAAUGACCAGUGUCCAGCCUGUUGCACUGUCUGAAGAGGAGUGUGUGGUUCUUCAGAACUUUGUAGAUGUUGCCUCUGCUCUCAUUAAAUGUGUGAAAGUGGCAGCUUUAAACUACAGUACCAUUGAGCAGGAGUUAUUCCCCUUGGCAACCCAGGCCUCAGAAUACAUGGACAGGCUGUACCCCUCAGGUAGAUUGGCUGAGCCAACGUUACGGAGUCAGGUGAUAGAUUUUGUCCGAAGUGUUCAGAACCUUUACAACGAGGCCAAUACAUUCCUUACUGAUAAGGCUCCUGUAAUGAGACUACAGCCUGAGUUGAUGGAUCGGCUAAGUGUGGCGUUGGCCCAGCUGGAGACGGAGCUUCAGAAGAUGACAAGUAUGUGUGGAAUCAUGACAUCAGUAUCCCGAGCAGUUUCGCAGGAGGAGGUUAGCAGCACCUCCAUCCUAGAGAUUCCAGUGCAUACAGUAGAACCGAAAAGAAAGCCAGGAAAACUGAAACAGGUUUACAGUAAACUAAAGGGCAAAGGUCGUGACAAGGACAAGGACAGCAAAGGCUUCCCCUUACCUUUCCAUGUACAAUCAUGGACGUUAGAGGAAGUGGCCAUGUGGUUGGAGAACCUGUCUCUGGCUGAGUACAAGGAAUCUUUUAUAAGCCAUGAAAUACGAGGAACAGAGCUUCUUUCUCUGGACAAGGGUGAUAUACAGGACCUUGGUGUAUCUAAGGUUGGUCAUGUAAAGCGAAUACAGCAAGGAAUCAAGGACCUAAACAACAGACAGUUUAGCUGUGUGAAAGACAACUCGUGA